CGCUUGCCUCCCCUGAAGAAACAGAGGUAUCUGAAAGGGGGGGAAGACAAGUAUCCUUGAGGGUCACCUGGAAUAAUUAAAAAGAUGAGUGGGAAAGUAAUAAUCUCUGCAGUUUCCCUAAUCCUCGUCGUGGGGGUUGCCAUCGGCACCAUCGUGGUGGUGCACAAGCAGAAUGGCGAUUCUGGUCAAAUCUCUUCCCAUCAAAAUGCCGUGGCUGAGAUGUGCCAGAACUCCGACGACCCAAAGUUUUGCCAACAGACUCUCAGCCAUGUGAAUGACACCUCUGACCCAAAGGCUUUCCUGGCCACCGUAGUGGAAGCAACCACCAACAGCGUCAUCAAGGCCCUGAACAUGAGCGACAGGCUCAUCGUGGAUCACGGCAAUGGCCAGAAUGGCGUUAAGAUGGCCCUUGAGGACUGCAAGGACCUGCUCCAAUUUGCCAUGGACAGCCUCCAGUUUUCCACUGACUUAUUACGCAACGACAUCAAAACUGUUACCGCCCAAACCCCAGACUUUAGGAACUGGCUCUCCGCCGUCAUCUCCUACCAGCAGGCCUGCAUGGACGGCUUUGACGACAACAACGACGGCGAGAAACAGGUCAAGUCACAGUUGCAGCAGCAAGGGUUGGACGACAUGGGAAAGAUAACCGGCAUAGCCCUGGACAUGGUCGCCAAUCUGGCCAAGAUCCUUGACAAGUUCGGGUUGCACCUGGACGUGAAACCUGCUUCCCGCCGCCUUAUGGAGGUGGACAGCGAAGGUUAUCCCACAUGGUUCUCGGCUUCCGACCGCAAGCUCUUGCAGAAGAUGCGGAGGGGACAUCAUGUGAAACCCAACGUUGUGGUGGCUAAGGAUGGCAGCGGCAACUUCAAGACCAUUGCAGAGGCCAUCGCCUCCUAUCCCAAGAACGGCCUAGGGCCAAAUGGCAGAUACGUGAUCUUCGUCAAGGCAGGCGUAUAUCCAGAGUACAUCAUCGUCCCCAAAUCUGCAGUGAAUAUCCUUAUGUAUGGUGAGGGAGCAGCCAAAACCGUCAUCACCGGAAACAAAAACUUUGUGGAUGGUGUCAAGACAAUGCAAACAGCUACCUUCGCCAACACUGCAACUGGGUUCAUCGCCAAGUACAUGUCAUUUGUGAACAGCGCUGGUCCUGAGAAGCACCAGGCAGUGGCACUGAGGAACCAAGGAGAUAUGUCGGCUUUCUUUGAUUGCGCCAUCGUGGGUUACCAAGAUACCUUGUACGCUCAAACCAAUCGCCAAUUCUACAGGAACUGCGACAUCUCUGGUACUAUUGACUUCAUCUUCGGGGUGUCGCCGACAUUGAUCCAGAACUCUAGAAUCGUUGUGAGGAAGCCACUGGACAACCAAUUCAACACAGUGACGGCAGACGGGACAAGCCAGAAGAAUAUGCCCACUGGAAUUGUGAUCCAAAACUGCGAUAUCGUGCCAGAGCCAGCUCUCUUCCCUGUCAGGUUCCAAUUGAUGUCUUACUUGGGAAGGCCAUGGAAGGCUUACUCAAAGACUGUGGUAAUGGAAUCCAGAAUCGGUGAUGUCAUUCACCCCGAUGGAUGGAUUCCUUGGGAGGGAAGCAUGUAUCUCGACACAUUGUACUAUGCUGAGUACAACAACGUAGGACCCGGAGCUAAUGUUCAAAGAAGGGUCAAGUGGCCAGGUUACAAGGGCCUGAUCAGCAAGAACGAAGCUGUCCAAUUCACAGCCGGCCAAUUCCUCAAGGGUGGACCCACCUCCGAUUCUGCAGUUUGGUUGAAGGCUCUUCACGUUCCUUUUGACCUUGGCUUCACCAAGCCAUGAUUAUCCAAUGCAUGGUCACGUUAACACAAACAAAGACACGUGUAAUUAUUCCUGAUGACCACGCACAUACCAACUCGUGUGAUGCUUGUGUUAUUUGGCCAUUUAAUGAGAUUGCAGAGGCCCACGGGGCUCGUUCUUUUUAUUA